AUGUUUAGAAAAAUUGGGGUAGAUAUUACCCUCCUCUUUACCCGGUGGGGCCAUCAUCUAUGGUAUAAAGCUGCGGGACCUGUCAUAAUCCAGUGUUAUUCGACUUCCCAUUCAAUACCACAGCCUAGCAACCCCUCCGCCUUCCAAGACUCGACAGUCAGAGAAUCAAUUGUGCCGUUGACGAGCGACAACAGACAACUCACUUCAGUUUCUCCAAGCAUGCGGGCCCUCCGUUACUACGGACCUGGAGAUAUCCGUUUGGAACACGGCGUUCCGGAGCCUGUAUGUGACGCCCACCAAGUGAAGAUCCGGCCAAACUUUUGUGGAAUCUGCGGCUCCGAUCUACACGCGUACCAUUCGCCCGACGUUCUUCCUUUCAAAGAUACGCCCCAUCCCAUAACCGGCGAGACAUGGCCCAUAACCCUCGGGCAUGAGUUUUCUGGCGACGUCGUGGAGAUUGGAGCACGAGCACAGGUACCAAACGGCCUUCAGGUUGGGGAUAGAGUUGCCGUCCAACCUACCAUUUGCUGCAACCAAUGCAUUCCAUGCAAAGAGGGAUUGACUAAUUGUUGCGACUCCUUCGGAUUUGUGGGACUCAUGGGCUGGGGUGGUGGGUUAUCAGACUAUGUGUGCGUGGAUGCGAGAUUUGUCUUCAAACUGCCCGAGACCAUCCCAUCAGAUAUCGGAGCUUUGAUCGAACCGCUUGCGGUCGCGUGGCAUGCCAUUGAACAGUCAGCUGCCAAAGCUGGAGAUAACAUCCUGAUCAUGGGCGCUGGCCCAAUUGGCUUGGCUAUUCUUCAAUGCCUCAAGACUCGCAAACCAGCGCAGCUGAUCGUGGCUGAAGUCGCCUCAAAUCGAAGAGAAUUGGCCCGACAAUUUGGAGCUACGGCGGUUAUCAACCCGCAGGAGGAAGAUGUGAUCUCCAAGUGCAAGCUACUAUGCAAUGGACAAGGGCCCGAAAUUGCCUUUGACUGCGCUGGUGUGGCUGCCAGUAUCAAGUCUGCGUGUUUAUCAGUCCGAAGCAGGGGGACGGUGGUGAAUGUUGCCAAGUGGGAUACGGAGAUACCCUUUGAUAUGAACGACCUUUUAUUCGGGGAAAAGAGGCUCUUGUCAGCUCUGAGUUACACUACGACGGAUUUCGAGCGUGUCAUUGACGCGCUGGGUAGCGGGUCCAUGAAUGUGGAAGGGAUGAUCACACGUAAAAUCACAAUAGAUAAAGUUGUUGAGGAUGGCAUUCUCGCGCUACUACACCAGAAAGAAAGAGACAUCAAAAUACUUGUAGAUGUCAGAAAGUGAC